ACAGACUCAGUUGCCCUUUUGCCGUGCGUGGAUGAAGACGCGCCGCUGCGUACCGCGAGUGUUUUCUCAUGGACUCGGCCUGUCAGCACGACGGCAAAAUGUUACCCCAUGCAAAUUACGAGAGAAUCCCUGUACAGAGCACGCGAAGUGCUGUCUUUGGAUCUAUGCUUGUCGAUGACAAGUCCAACACGCCGUAUUCAGACGCCACACAGACCAAGAAGCAUCCUCCGAACCACAUCAAGCGCCCGAUGAACGCCUUCAUGGUGUGGUCGCAGAUGGAGCGCCGCGAGAUCGUCAAGUUUGCCCCCGACAUGCACAACGCCGAGAUCUCGAAGCAGCUGGGGCGCCGCUGGAAGAUGCUGUCGGAGGAGCAGCGCCGCCCGUACCGCGAGGAGGCUGAGCGGCUGAAGGAGCUGCACCUCCGCGAGUACCCCGACUACAAGUACCGUCCGCGCAAGAAGGGGCAGAAGGGGGGGCAGCUGAGGGGCGUUUCGGACAAGAACGGCGGCAAGGUGACCAAAGCCAAGGAGAGUCACGGCGGCGGCGGCGGCCGGGAGAAGGCCAAGAGCGUGGUCAACGUGAUCAGCAACACGCGCAUCACCCACACGCAGGGCCUCGAGGUCGACCACAACAAGCUGGGCAUCAAGAUCACUAUCGACGACGACUUCAAGCGGUCGCACAUGAUGCCCCAGAACGGUGCCAUGGCCCUCACGCCGCAGUCCCCUCCCGAAGUGCCCGCCAGCCCGCCCUGUGACCUGCCAGACUCGCCCGAGAGUGCCUCCAUGUACGACGACCAGCAGGCCUUCAGCUACAACCCCGCCCACACCGCCCAUUACCACUCCAGCACCAGUUCCACCGCCUCGUCGCCCUCCACUCACACCAGUAGUCGAACCAGCCUCACGCUCAGCAGCGCCACGUCCAUCCACAACAUCAUGUCGAGCAUCAGCACCGCCAGCAUGAUCAAGCAGGAGCCCGAGGACCCUCUGUACGAGGCCGUGUACACGCCCCAGAGCCUGGCCUCGCCCGGCCUGGCCUCGCCCCUGUGCGAGACCCCCACCACGCCCUACAUCAAGACGGAGCUGAAGCAGGAGACCCCCAGUCCGAGCGCCUCGCUGGCGGUGGACCACGCGAGUCUCGACGACCUAUACAACAUCACGGACUUCAUCUCCGUCACCGACAUCAAGAUGGACUUGGCUGACAUCGACUUCGACGCCGUCAGCACGAGUUCGGGGUCCCACUUCGACUUCUCGAGUGUGGCCGACGAGACGGACCACCUCCUGUCCGACUGCGGCAUCUCCCACACCUGGAUCGGCUCCGGCGCCUUCUUGCAGUAGGCAGGAAGCCCCGGGGCCGCUUGAUCCAAGGGCGCGUCCUUUUUUUCUCCUCCCCUCUUUCGUGUAGACAACGAAAGACAGAGACUUUUUAAGAUAUAACACUUCUGUCCAGCAUAGACUUAACAGUACUCUAGUGAAGUCAUUAGUAUUGUACACGAGAGAUCUGUUGGACGGGGACCAACUGUCCUACCCAGCUUACAAAGCCUCCAUAACGGUGCCAGUGCCUUCAACCAUUGUUUCCUAUGACCUUUUUAACAAAAAACAAAAAAGUUAAUGAAACAGUACACAGAACAGACGAACCAAAAAAACAAUAAUAACAAACCAGUUAAACCGCAACUUACCGCAGUCUGGUCAAUAUAAUGGUGCACAAAGAUCAUCUCGGUGAUGAGACAAAACUGUAGCCUUAGCAGCCCAGCCAUAAUGCAUGUGAAACAGUCUAGUUGGUGGACGACGACCCGCAGCGGGUGAGUCGUCCUUUGGUAAACCAGUAUUCUCCACGUCGUACCGUAUUGUAAGAGGCUUUUUUUAUUUUUUAUUUUUGUUCACAUGUCUUCUGUGGAAGUGAUGAACCAUUUUGAAUAUAUAUGUUGAAUGAAAUUUAAGAAAAACUGAACCAAAAUUCUAGUGAGGGCAAGUGGGGCUUUGAAGGAAGGAAAAGAGAGGAGAUUCAAGACAGUCAUCCUAUCAAGGAAAUGAGAGGGAGUCUCGCAGUGUAAACAAAUACUACUAAACAUGUCUUUCUAUUGGAUCACCAGUCCACUCGUAUAGUUUAUUGUAAUUUUCUCCGAUGGUGAGGAGGCUCAAAGGAACGAAGAAAAACUGAUUCUUUAGUUCUGUAAGAAACAAGUCCCUAUCAUUGUUUGCCAUCUUUUUUUUUUUUGUAACGUUUGUGAAGAGAGAGAAGGAGAAGGAGGUGUGGAAACUCGAAACUGCCGAAGAAGAAGCAGUGCAGAGAUCGAAAGUCAAGGAAGAAAGGGAAGAGGAAGAAGAGGUCGAUUAGGUCGAUGAUUGGUGGCUGGAGGUUUGAAAACAGAAGUUACGACUGCACAACAUCAGGCGACGCUGGUUCAUUUGACGAAGGCGAUUUGGUUGAAGAAGAAGAAGAAGAAGAGAAAAAAGCAAGUGACGAAGACGGUUGAAGAUCAGGUAAAAGGACGAAGAAAAAGAAGGAAGACGAAAAGAAGAGGAGAGAGACUCGAUGCUGAGGCGGAAGGAUCACCGGGCAGGCCGUUCUUGUGCAGGUCUUCGGUGUUGGGCGAAAGAGAACCAAGAUGUUGCUGAAGGAGCCUGUACACUGAAGAUCGAGCCAAGAGAGCAAACCUGUAACUUGUGGUGUGACAACCUAAGGUGGUGACAGCCCAUGGUAGUGACAGCCAAUGGUAUUGACAGCCUAUGGUGAUGACUGCCCAUGGAGGUACGACAGCCUGUGGUGGUGACAGCCUGUGGUGGUGACAGCCUGUGGUGGUGACAGCCUCGACCAAUGAACGUCAAGGAAAACCCGUGGGCAUUUGGGGGAGACAAGUCUGCGUGACGUCAUCAGUGCAAUAAGCCAAUCGCAAGGCAGUUCAGUGACGUGGGAAAAAAAAACCGUGUAUCAAAAAAAAAAAAAAAAAAAAAAAAGUAGAUUAUGGUAGUAUUUAUAUAUUGUUACAAAAUAUUUUGUAAAU